GGCCAAUACACACCGACCCCCCCUCUUAAUUACCCCCCGCACUCUCCCGUCCUUCUACUGCCUACUGGGUGAUGACAAAAUAAAGUGCGACUAAACCAGCAGUUUAGCGAAAGUGUCGACAUGCCGGAUAGGGUCUGAGGGUACAUGCACGGCACAAGAGUAAAAGCAACAAUAUGAACACAAUAGUCUUUGAGACUUGAAACUCGUCUGGGCUGGUUGCUAAAUUUUUUCCCCUUUCUGAGCGCUAGACGAAACUAACCGCAUCUAAUCAUUUCCUCCCGCCUCUGAAAGAGGUCUUGUCGCCUGAACUGUCACGAAUACUUGGCUUUUUUCAAACCCGAGGCAGGAUGGAGAGCUCAGCUCUUAUUAUGAAUCACUGUAGCAUAUUUGUUCUGUGGUCCCUUGCUGAGCUUCUGCAAUGGGAUUGCUGUGCAGGCCAGAGACUGGUCCAGAUGCAGGAGGGUCCAUUAUACAGAGCCAGAGGUUAUCCAAUUACUAUCGCUUGCAAUGUCAGCGGGUUUAAAGGAAGCACCGAACAAGAUUUUGAGUUCUCCAUCUACCUUCAGGAAAGACCGGAGCAAGAAAUAAAAAUAAUCAGCACACAAAAUCCUGGAAUCGCAUAUGCUAACUAUUUUCAGAGAGUAAAGGAUAAAGAAAUUGAAAUUGAGAGAAAAACGGGUUCCUCUGUACUGCUGCACAUCAAAGAUCUGCAUGAAAGUGAUGAAGGAGAGUACGAGUGUUUUACUCCAAAUACUGAUGGAAAGUUUCAUGGGGUCUACAGUGCCAAAAUGAACCUCACAGUGAUUCAAGACACGCUGACGGCAUCCAUGACUACUAAGGCUCUUCAUAUGGAGGAAGGAGAGACCCUGCAGCUGGAGUGCGAGGUGUCGACUCAGACCUUACAGCACACACACACAUCUGUCACCUGGUACCUCAACAAGACGGGGCUGCAGCCACUCGAGAUCCUCUCUCUGAUGAGCGACUUCACCCUCAGGCCGGGAGCAGAGUUUGAGCACAGAUACAGGUCAGGCCACAUCGGGCUCGAUAAAAUCGGCAGCACCCUGUACAGACUCACAGUCGCUAAGCUCCUGGCGUCCGAUAAGGGGGACAUUUACUGUGAAGCUGGGGAGUGGAUUCAAGACCCAGACCGUUCCUGGAUAAAAAUCGCUUCCAAAAGGACAGAGGCAACUGCUCUUGAUGUCCAGAGCCUGGGAUCUGUCACCGAUACUUUUACUGCACAUAUUGAAAGCUCAGGACCAGAAUUUAAAGAGGGAGAAACUUUAGAGAUUAAGUGCAGUGUGGGAGUCCCAAAAGCUCUAGACCAUUACUUCUUGGUGGCUUGGAUGAAAGAGGGCCAGGAACUGGCUGCAGUCGGACCCACAGGUGUCGUGAUCGUGGGAAAUACUUAUGCAGAGAGACACAAAAAUGGAGAAGUGCAAGCCAUCAAGCAAAGUGACAGAGAUUACAUCUUUACAAUCAAACACAUCAGAACAGAGGACCAGGGAGUGUUCACCUGCAGAGUUUCUGAAGAGGAAAAAGGCGCUGAUGGACGUUUAUCAGUAAAGGAAAGCAAAACAUCCAGUGAAAUCAGAGUGGGGGUUACUGCCAGAGAGAGCACCCUCAGAGUCAGUAUUUCGAAUCACACGAUCCAGAUCAACGAGGGAGAGCCUCUUCAGCUCACCUGCAGAGCUGCUGGACCCACAGGGCCGUUAUCCAUCGCUUGGCAGCACAAAACCAGCGAGAACACCGUCAGGGACGUCAUCGGCCUGCGCUGGGACGGGCGGCUGGAAGAGGGCGCUCAUUACCGCCAGCGCGGCCAGCGCGGAGACGUUCGCGCAGUCCGGAUCGACCAGGGGUCCUUCCUGCUGGAGAUUCCCAACCCCCUGCCGCCCGAUGCGGGCUCCUACAAGUGCAUCAUUUCAGAGUGGGCUGCAGGGCCCAGUGGCGACCUCCAGAAAAUACAGAGCACGUCCCAGGAGGCUUCCGUGGUUAUUAGUUCUCUAGAUUCGCUUAUAGAAGCAAUUCUAAGAAGUCGCACAAUGCAUAUUAAGGAGGGUGAAAACUUAGAAUUGCACUGCACAGUCAAGGGGCCCCAGGUCCCGUUGUCCAUUACCUGGACAUUCGCACAGAGCGGCUCAUCAUUACUGGAGAACAUUGUGUCCCUCCUCUACAAUGGCAGUAUUUUGUGGCAUAAAGAACUCAGUAAUUUUCAGAUUAAGACUUCGGUGCAACAGAAUGCAAUAACCUCCAUUUUAAAAGUGUCCAAAAGCCGCACCGUGGAAGCAGGAAAAUACCGGUGUGUUGUAGAAGCGUGGUUCAGGGACUCCCUCAGAGCAACGAAACUGUCCAACGAACUGGCAGUGCAAGUUAAAAAGCCAGACAGCAAGCUAUCCAUAAGCAGUGAGCCCAAGGAAAUAGAAAGUACUGUAAAUGCCAAUGUGGGAAUAGUAUGUAAAAUAUUAGGUCUUACUUCUACAUAUUCUCAGUUUGCCAUAUCCUGGUAUUUCAACAAAUCCGAGACAGGAAAACAAAGUGUUCUGAAAACUGACCGCAACCUCAUCCUGGAGCCAGGAGAGAUUAUGAAAACUAGGGAAAAUAAAUACCAUCUCCAAAGGGAAUCUCCAGAUUCCUUCAAACUGCUCAUUCUGCAGACAGAGUUCAGUGACAGUGGAAAAUACAUCUGUGAGGUUGAGGAGUGGUUACAAGACCCCAGCAUGAACUGGUACUCACUGUCACGGAGGUCCUCUACAACAAAGCUCACCAUUAAAUCAACAGAAAAAAAGUUGAAAGUCAUGAAGGAAAGGGCAGAAAUCACGGUACGAGAUAGCGAGGACUUCAUCGUCAACUGCACCAUCAACAGUGAUGUCCAAGAAACGUCCCAGUUCUCUGUCUCCUGGUAUCGUGUGUCAGCAGCUUCUGAGAAGACACUCCUACUGAAGUGGGGUAAAGAUUUUGUGCUUCAGGGUGGAAAUAAAGAGCUUUGGAAGAGAGCUCAAUUUUACAGCUCUGCUCGCAAUACGCACCACCUAGUAAUCCGGAACGCCGAUGUGGCCGACAGCGGAAAUUAUUCUUGUACGGUGGAGGAGUAUGAGCUUGACGGUGAACGUCGCUGGCAGUUACUCUCCAAUGAUGAAUCAGGGUUUACUAGCAUUGUUGUACAUCAUCCAGAGAGCAAUCUUCAAGUCUUUAAAAGGAAUGAGAAGGUCAGCAUUAAUGAAAAGCAGAGUGGGUUUACAGUAAACUGUGACAUUAUCUCAUAUUCGGACAAGAGGUCCUUUUUUGAGGUGACGUGGCUGAAGAGGAAUGGAGAAGAGGAUGCUCAGCCCAUCUUCAGGGCCUUGCGAAGUUCCACCCUUCAGCUGCUCCCCACAGCCAGACAGAGCCUGGUGUUCAACAGGCUUUCUCCCUGGAAUUACAGCCUGACCAUUCCCGUGGCCGAAGUGACUGAUCAGGGCACCUAUUCCUGUCAGGUGGAGGAGUGGUUGUUAAGUCCAGGCAAUAAGUGGUAUAAAAUUGCAAAUGAUACAUCUGGAAAUCUAAGCGUUACUAUUACAGCAAAAGAAUCAACCGUAUUCUCCACUGUUUGUGAGUCUCAGCCUCUUUUUGAUUUUGUCUUCAUCUAUCCGUUCAUAAUCAUCAUGCUGCUGAUCACUGCGAUACUGUAUCUGCAUUAUAAAUUGAGGAAAGCUGGUGGAAGCUGCUUGUCAAGUAAGAAAAAAGAGGAAAACUCCCUCUGGUCAGAUGAUUGCCCCCUGAAACUCAACCCAGUUUCUACUGAUGCUGCAAUCAAAAACAGUGACGCAUAAAUGCAAAGCUAUCCUCUGCUUUUCACAUAGGAGUAAAAUAUGGACAAAGCAUCUUUAUAUAAAAAACACAAAUGUUGCUUUAUUUAAAACAAAAUAUGACCUUUCAAGAAAAGUUAAACUGUUCACAGCCUUUUUAUUCACAAUUGGCUAUGUGUUUUCAGCAAACAUUUAUUGCCAUUGAAGAAUAUAUAUGCAUGCUUGAUAUGUAACAGGCUGUGAGGAUUUGCACAUUUGCGUAUAAUGUUUUGAAAACGUGGUGGGAUUGGAUUAGAAAAUCACCUUUCUUUUGUUUUGAUUUUGCAUAAUCAGCAAUGAAAAUUUGCAGUACACAGUGCUUAAAUAUAAUUAUGAACUUGUGUCAUCUCUGUGAAUACCAAGAAAGAACGAAUGUCUCAAUAAUACAGUUCUACACCAUGUGGCCUUUAGACAGCUAUAAACACACUUGGACAGGUAGUAAUCAACAGAAAUUAACAAGAACUACACAUGUAUUUCAAUAUAAGGUAUUAUACUGUAUACUGUAUACGGUAUAUGCAUCUUAGUUAGCAUUUCUGUUAUUUCACAGAGUUAUCAAUCCAUUUGCAUUAUAUUUGCUUUUGUAUUUUGGUGAGUGAAAAAAGAGAUUAAUUACCAAAGCAAAUAUGAAAAGUUUGUACUUUUGCUUCUUAAAGUACUUUUGCUUUUUUCUAAAAUUAUGAUUUUCCUUUUGAGGAAUUUUUUGUAUAUUUAAAGUAUAAGUAUGAUUUAAGAAUUUGUAUUUGAGAGCAGAUUGUGACAUCCUUUAAUGGAAAGAAUAAUGGUAUAUUUUUCUUGCACAAUAUUUAAUAUUUUAGAUUUGAUCAAUAUUUUGUAAUUAUCUGUGUGCAUGUUUACAUUUGUGAUACUCAGGGAUUUUAUGGAUAAUAAAGUCAUGCUAUAUGGGUUGUGUAAACAUGAAAGUUUCCAUCACCUGUAUUGUGAUUUCACUGUUUAAAAUCAAAAUGUCCCAGUUGUAAAUUAAUAGAUGAUAUAUAAUUCAUACAGUUUCUAUUUUUUGUUUGUUGUAUAUUAAGAUAGACAAUUUUAUUAUCCCUUUUCAAAGUUUAGAAACAAACCAUUUUCUGAAAUUUCUAGAAGCACAAUAGCACUGUAUUUUUAAUCACAUUCAAUAUUCUGGAUAUGCUUAUCCGAGCAAAUGUUGAACAUUUGAGUUAAAUAUACUGUACGUUCUAUCCUUACCUCAAUAAACUAUAUUUGUGUGGUAAUAAUGGCUGUAAUACACAUACAGUAUUAGUAUUACAACCAAUGUAUUGGCAUACCUGUAAGAAAUAUAUAACUUGUCUUUACUCUUAAGCACACUGUUCUCACACAAUUUUGGAAAGUCAAGAUUAUAAUAUUGUGUCAUGCUUAUCAGUUAUCGGUUAUCUACAUUAUCCAUAAUGACAAGGGAACUCCUGAUCUAAACGGUUUAUCCUGCAAGACAAAUAAAUCUUAGAGUGUCAUGUUUCAUAAGAAAACCUGACCUAGCAAAUCGUAACAAAAAUAAAAAAGUCAAACAAAAAAAUAUAUGGGAAAAUGUAUUUAUACACAUGAAGCAAUUACAAACAAAAUGACAGGAUCCCAGACUGUGCCACUGACAAAAUGCUCCCAAGAAAACUACGAGACCGAUUUAAAUUGGGCUGAGAUGCUGUUCAAUAAUUGGAAGAGACACAAUACAUAAAACACAUGACCAGCCUAUCCCUCUGUUUUACAAUUAUACCAAUCACCCUACAGUACACCACUCCCUCCCACUGCUCACAGAAAUAACCAUCUGGAAAGAAAAGGAGUUACAUGGGGGUUGGGUCGGAUACCAUUAUGACUCCAUGUUCGGGGUGUGAAAUGGCCUUCACUUUUUAAUGAAGCACACAGAUUUGCGGGGAUGAAUAUUGAUGAUUACUGCACGUGUACAUGCAAUGUUGAGUACACAGAGAGAACAGAUUAUCAAUGUCUCCGAUUUGUUCAGGCCAGUCAUUAAGAAUUAGGUUUCAUAUACAGUAUUGUUCUGCAAAUGACAUCAACAUCUCAGACACAACUGGCAGUUGUCUCUGCUGCUGUUAUAACUGUGCCGACUGUUAAUAAUACAGCUUAGCCUGGGUCAGAGAAAAACCAACUUCGUCAUUUAGGAAUCUUCAUUCAUAUUGAUCAGACCCUUCAAAAUUAUAACCUCA